CUGAACUGAGUACACUGCACUUGCUGGCCUUAAACAGAGAAAAAAUAGCUUAAAAUCAGAUAGACAGCGCCUAAAACCCCUUUAUCAGCUCAUUAUAGAUCAAUAAUCAAAGCUGUAAGAAGCAAAUUUGACUUUCAGAUAAUUGAAAAAAGGGAAAUCAGAUAAAUAGAGGAGGGCGUGACAAGCAGACAGCCGAGCAGGCAAGCUGCUGCUGCAAGGAGAGGAAGAGCCGGCGAUGCAUCAGCCAAAGCCAGAGGUCAAGAAAAAAAGUGAAAGGAUAGUGAAAAGGUAGACACUGAGAGAGGAGGGUCCUUUGUGAUCUGAGCCAGAAAAACAGAAACCAGCCUCUCUUUGUUGUUGUGUGGGCCACCGAGCAGGGAUGUGAAGGAGGGCAGCAGGGAGGAAGGGAGGCAACGGCAAGAAAGACUGCAAGAAAAUGCUCUCAGAGAUGAUGUGCAGGAGGAGCUGCCAGCAGCAGCAGGAUGGCAAAGAGGCUCUGCAGAGGGACCCUUCCAGCCGCAGGAAGCACGGCUGGUCCAAGGGCUGCAGGGGGCGCAUGCAGGGGCGGAGAACUGGAGUGGGAGGGUGGCCAAGAGGGCGCAAUCACCAGCAGCCCCCUCAACGACACCAUCAUCAUCCCAGACACUUCCAGAGGCCAGCGAUGUCACUCCGGCCCAUUAACAUUAAAGGGAACAGAGCGAGGGGGAUGCGAGCCCCCAAGAACACAAACCAGUUUUUGAUGCACGAGAAGUACCAGAUGCUACACAUGCGCUCCGACUCAGUGGGGAGUGACAGUGGGAGCAGCUCGGAUAGCGAGAUGGAGCUCACAGACAUGGACUCAUACCUGGGCGUCCUGGAAAAUGCAAGAGGAGCCCUGUUGGACAGUCCCAACCCACACAGCUCAACAGCGCCCCCUGGACAGAUUGUGGUUCUGCAUGAGGACAGUCUGCCUCUGCAGGAGGACAGCAUGCAGUAUUUCCCCUCUGAAGACGACCUGAAGCAGAGCCAGAACUUCAUGCAGAGGGACUUUGUUGAGUUCUGUGACAUCCUGACACCCUGAAAGGAAACUCUCAUGAGGCCAUGUUGUUCUCGACAGUGUGAAACUCUAACCUCGGGGACAGGUUUGUUCUGCUUCAUGUUCACUGAAAAUCUAAAAAAAAUCUCAUCAUCUUGUCAACUCAUCAAGCCUUAAAAUGCUAGGAAUAUGCUUGCAAGGUGAGAUGAUUCCAUCAGUUUAAAGCAGAUACUUCUUUUGAAGUGUCAUUGUUUUAAUGGUCAUGCAGUGGUCUGACUUAGUUCAUGUGAAGAUGCUUAAAAUAAGUGAAAUUAUCUCACCAAGUUGUAUAUGUUUAAGAAAAAAAGCUUAAAUGAAUGCAAGAUUAAAGGAAAACAUUUUGACGGAUGAUUCUUUUUUUACGGUUUACAUUUGGUUCAUGUUUGGUAAUGUACAAUGUGCUGUAAUGUGCUGCCUUUCUGUUGUUAUUGUUACACAAAGGGAGAUGGGAUCGGUGGUGGGAGUGAGCCUGAACAGCCAAAAUCACAAAUAAAUAUCUCAUUGAUGCAA